CUGUAGUGUUGCAACAUCUUCAACAAGUCGAAGAAAUACAUGUAGGACGAUUUGAGUAUGUAGGUGACCUCUAGCACAAGCAUCACUCAGUUCAGCAAGCAAUGUUGGCCAUUGCUGUGGCCACUCACGCUUAAUCAUCUCCACAAUAACACGGGCCAAGGCAUCAUUAAGAUGACCUGUUUCCCAUCCUCCCAUAUACAAUAACUUCAUAGCAUUUUCCUGAUAAAAAAGGUCUAAAUAUAAGAAAUAGUUUAGCAAUCACAUAACAAAGAAAGAUAAUUAUAAUGACAAAGCAAUUAAUGAUUUAAUUAGGUGUUUUAUAGACAUUACUUUCAUUGGUCAAAUUACAUGUUUACAAAGAGCAUGACUAGAUUAAAUCAAAGAUUGAGUAAUAAUAUUGACACAAAAUAAUGAAAUACUUUUUGUUGAAAAUUGUUCAAAACAUUUCUUAUAUAAUAAAAAUAUUGCUUACUUUAAUAAAAAUUUUCUCUGCUUGAGUAAUUUGAGUCCAUCGAUAUUUGACUGUGUGUUCCAUCAACUGAAGUCCAAAGUGCUUAACUACAGCAGAGUAUUGACUUCCACUGGCCAAGAGAAGACCAGCUUGAGCACACCAUGGUGAAUUUUCUUUGAAACUAAAAAUAUAUUAAAUGUGAAACUACAACUAGUUAUCAAUUGACCAUUUCUUUCUUUAAAAAAGUCAAUUACCUUUCACAUGCAUUAUAUGCUUGACUGCGUGCAUCAUGUGAUACAGCAGGGUUCAAAGUCAGCUCCACAGCGCGACUCAGGUCAUCAGCGACAAGAGCCACUUCCCCCGUGACUUCUUCAGUCACACCAAUGUUCAUUGUGGUUCAAUUUUUCUAUAAAUAUAAUAGUUUCUUUGAUUUUAUACUUUUUGUAUCAGAUUUCUGUAGUUAACUGACAUUUUUACCAAACUAACGUCAUUUACUGUAUUUAUUUUAAAUCUAUCUAAAAUUCAAAACAAUAACAAAGAGUUUUUACUUACCCACUUUACAUAAAUGUUAUACGUUUUUCCAUAGAAUAUUACUUAAAUUUUUUGUACCACUGAAACACAUAAUAAAUCGUUAAGCACACGACUGAAUUGACACGAUUUUAUUGAUUGUAAAAAUUAUAGAAGAAUCUUUGUAUUACCAAAGACAUACCCGGUACACUGUACUGUAAGCAUUUAAUUUAAACUUAAGAAGACUUUAAACACGAAAGUAACUCGUAGGCCAAAUUUUAAAUUAAAUUAUCAUUCCAUUAAAAAAAUAUUCAUUGCAAUGUCUUUCAAAACAUCAUGCAAGUAGUCAUUUGGAACUUGGAACCUCGUGGAAAUUAAUUUGCAAUUGCUUGAAUUUUGCUACUUGCACUUGCACCACAGACUACCCAAACCAAAUUGCUACAAAAAUAUUGGACCAAAUCGCUUCUCCAAAGUUAUGUCAUGGACAUACAAUUCCAUAGGACGUAUACGUCCGUGGGUGGGGUAUGGUUAUCUUAAUAGACAGGGACAAAUUGCCUUUUUACUAUAUCUCUCACUGAGCCCGCUUAAUAUAUAUAAUAGUGAUCCGUGGACAUAUGAUUUUGCUACAGGUGAUCAGAGGCAGCGACUGAAAAUAAUAAACUGCGUCAGGGAGUGCGACAAGGGUUAACUGUUCACUAAUACAUUACCGAGGAUACGUUAAAGUUGUUAGACUGAAAAAAAAAGAAAUGGCAGUUGUAGUUUUCUUUGUACAUUUAUUUAUGCAGCAGCAGUUUAAUCUGCUUGAUUUUUAUAUAUAAGAAAAUCUUUACUAAAAAACAACUGGGCCCAAGUAUCAAUCUGAACUCCUAUCAGUGUCUAAUAAAUCCCGGCGAAUAUAUCGCUAUGAUAAUUAGGUUCAAUACGCAUUAUAGGUAAUUGGGUAACUAACCACGGUCAAAUACUAUGUCUAUGGUGCAAAUACAGAUUCGCUGUGAAAAUGGGUACGUAUCUGUGGUUUUUGUUUUGGUUUCCUCUUUACGCUGUCAUCUAACUACUAAAAUUUGAAUUCUGCGAUUUAUGAACUCGAAUUCUUAAAAGUUUGAUUUAGAUUUUUCAAAAAGGUUUUACUGAAAUGGACACAAAAAUAACAUUUCUUGAACCUUUUCUUGAAAAACAGCUCAAGGGACAUCGUAAUGCCAUUACAUCCGCUUAUUAUAGUCCAAAUGAAAAACAGUUAGCAACUAGUUCGUUAGAUAACAGUGUUUUGCUGUGGGAUCUUCGCGGUACCAUGCGAAGCUACAGAUUUCAAGGGCACGAUGAAGCUGUAAUGGAUGUGACUUUUUCGCCUUCUGGAAAAUAUAUGGCUUCUGCAUCGCGUGAUAAGACUGUCAGACUUUGGGUGCCUACUGUUACAGGCAGUACAGGUGUCUUCAAGGCUCAUUCACAAACUGUACGUUCUGUACAGUUUAGUCCUGAUGGAACAAAGAUUAUAACUGCAUCUGAUGACAAAAUCGUUAAAUUAUGGUCUAGUGAUAAACAUAAAUUCAUAGCCUCUUUUGUGGGUCACACUAACUGGGUGAGAUGUGCCCGAAUGUCUAAUGACGGUUCUGUCAUUGCUUCUACAUCAGAUGACAAAACAGUGAAACUGUGGGACCCUGUCAGUGGAGAUUGCAUUCAUACAUAUAAGAAUGAAAAAGGACAUGGUUUAUAUUUAGCAUGGCAUCCUUCAGGGUGUUAUAUUGCGGUUGGUACUGGUCAUGGAAAUGUUAAACUGUAUGAUAUCAGAACUCAUAAUUUAGUUCAAUAUUACAGUAUUCAUAAUGACGCAGUUACCCAAGUGGCAUUUCAUCCUAGUGGUAGCUACAUUUUAACAGCUAGUAAGGAUGGAAAAAUGAAGAUAUUAGAUUUGUUAGAAGGACAUCCCAUAUUUACUCUCAGUGGGCAUGGUGGAGCAGUUAAUGCAAUAAAUUUUUCACCAAGUGGAGAUUCUUUCACAUCAGCUGGGGAAGAUAAACUGGUUUUUAUAUGGAAAACAAAUUUCACCGAGAUUUCUAGUGAAUAUAAGGAAAAUGUUGGUCAAAAUUCAUGUAUACCUAAGUCUGCAUCACAAUUGUCAAAAGCAACCACAUCAUCAAGAUCAAGAAAUCAGGUGUGGUCCUUGAAAACUGUUGCUAUGCAAUAUACAGUUGAAGUACAAAAAAUUGAUUUUAGAGAGACUUGUUAUUUCAAUUGCCUCAAACGUUCUGCCUCUUAUUAGAUUUAGUUGAAGAAACAAUAUUAACUUUGAUUAUCCAUGCAUCAGGGUAUAAGGAUUUGGUAUAAGUGUUACCAUAGCACCAAAUAUCCAGCCACUACGUUCAUGCACCUUGAUGAUAUAGAUGAAUCAGUUGAAGAACCAGGGAAAUUAUCUAACUUUCAAGAUCCCAUUGCUAAUAGUACUUUGAUAGAUGCAUUAGGAAACAACCAACAAAGAACUCAAGAACAAAGAAUUAUUGCUGAAAGUUCAGUAACAAAUUCUUCAGUACAUUUUAAUGAUUCUCCUACAAAUAAUUCUCAUAGUGUGGGCCAUACAAGCCACAUUCCUCGUACUCCACCCAGUCCUGCUACCUACUCCAUACCAUCCAUAAUAAACAAAGUUAUAGAAACUGAUCCGGAGAAUGAAGAUAUAUUUGGAAUGAUUAAACUAAAAGAAAAUGAUGUUUGUUAUACCAGUGGUACUAUUGAAUGGGUUGGAAGAAAAAGAGGCUAUCCUAUAAACAGUGGGUUUAAAAUAAUAAAUCAAAAUUGUAAACAGGUAAUUGAGCCAGUUUCAAAGAAAAUUAAGAAAAUAAAUGAAACUUUCACAAGUGGCGAAGUGGAAAAACUAAGAGAAUGUUACUGUGCUGAUGUUCUUCCUACAGUAAAUGCUAUUGUUGAACAUUUAAAUGCUUUACAUGAAGCAGUUGAUCUUGCAGAUUUAAGGCUUAAUACAUUAGAAGAAGCUAUGAGUAAGGAUCAGUAAGAUCAUUAAUUUGAUAAUUGUUAAUUUUUGAACAUUAAAAAUACAAUUCACAAAAAUAUGUAAUUUAUUAACAAUGUAGACUACAGUAAGUGUUUAUAUUAAAAUAUCAAGCAAAUCUCUAACAAAUCAGAAACUUUACAACCUUAAAAAUCUUAUAUAUAAAACAAAUAUUAAAUAUUUCUUAGAGUAAUGGCUGCAUUUAUAGAGGUCAAUUAACUUUUAAUUGCUCAUAAAGUUUAUGCUAAACAUUAGAAUAAGGGAACACAUGACUAAUGAAGUAUUCAAUUUAAUUGGUGUGUCUGUGUACAGUGGUUAUUCGUAUUGAGACAAUGACUAAACCUUACUCAUAUUGGUUUGUUAAAGACAUGGAGCACUUAUUGUGUACCUAUAUAGGUAGUAUUUUUGCCUGUUUUUUUAAUAACUUCUAGAAGCUCCUCAGCACUCAAUGUUGAUGUCACUGAAACUUUCUGUUCGGGUAAACUUAUUGACACAUUUUCUACACCUUGCCCUUUUAACCUACCCAAUACUCUUUCCACUGCUCCAGAACAACCUUCGCAAGUCAUUGCGACAUUAAAAAUGUGUGUCUGAAACAAAUCAAGAUUUCAUAAGUUCAACCUUGUGGAGACUUCAUAGGAAAUCAUUUCAACAAUUUCUCAGAACUUUUUAUC